AUGGCGGGUCCUCUGAGUCUUUUUCUGGGUGGGCGUGUCCGCGCUGCUGCUGUUCGUUGUGGGUUCACGACCCAGGGGGUGGCGGGCCCAGGCCCUGUCAGCCGCGAGCCGGACCCUGAUUCCCACUGGGAGCCAGAGGAGUGGGAGCUGCAGGAGGUGGAGAGCGCCCUGAAACGACAGAAAAAAGCAAUCCAGUUCCAGAAAAUUCGGAGGCAAAUGGAGGCUCCAGGUGCCCCGCCCAGGACCCUGACGUGGGAAGCCAUGGAGCAGAUCCGGUAUUUACAUAAGGAAUUUGCAGAAUCCUGGUCAGUUCCUAGAUUGGCUGAAGGCUUUGAUGUCAGCACUGAUGUGAUAAGAAGGGUUUUAAAAAGCAAGUUUGUACCCACAUUGGAACAGAAACUGAAGCAGGAUCAAAAAGUUCUUAAGAAAGCUGGACUUGCCCACUCACUCCAGCAGAUUCAGGCCUCUGGGAAUAUCACUAAGCCGCUUUCCGUCAGCUACUCUGUAUCAGGCUCUUUGCUGAUACCAGAGGGUGAAGCCUCAUCCAAAGGCCAGAGUGGCAGCACAGCCUUGAAAGUGAUAGAGUCAAACAUUCAUAGUACAAAUACACCAAGGAGACAGAGGAAAAGGAAUGAAGGAAUCCAGAGCCUGGAAGAAAUAAAGAAGAGCUUUGUGCCUGGAGCUGCAGCCCUGGGUCAUCAGAGGGAGUUGCAGAAGUACUCCACCAGUAAUCGUGAGGGCUCUGGAAGAGCUGAUACUGAUGGCUUGCCAAGUGAUGAGAAGCUGGAGGAGUUGAAGAUUGAGGCGCCAACUACCCAGAACUUUACCACCAAAGUUGUGCAGAGGGGGCGAGAGUUCUUUGACAGCAAUGGGAACUUCCUAUAUAGAAUUUGA